AUGAAUGGAGACCAUGAGGCCUCCAGUUCCAGUGUGGAGAAGAGGGAAGCGGAGGUUCAUCAGCUGGCCAGACAGUACACAGAGCAGAGCAACUAUUCCACGGCGGGACAAAACCCCUUUGCUGCGGAGGCAGGAUCGCCCCUGGACCCCAAUGGCGAGCACUUCAAUGCUCGGGCGUGGUGCAAGGCCAUGCUGCAGACGCACACCGGGGACAAGCAGGCACAUCCGCUGCGAACCUUGGGGGUCGCCUUCAGCAAUCUGAACGUGCAUGGUUUCGGUUCCGACACUUAUUACCAGAAAAGCGUCGGCAAUGUCUGGUUAGAGGCACUCAGUCUGGCAAGCAAAGCGCUCGGUCAAAAGCAGCGCAAAAUUCAGAUUUUGCAGAACAUGGAAGGAUUGGUGGAGGCUGGAGAGAUGCUGGUGGUUCUUGGACCGCCUGGAUCCGGGUGCUCGACUUUCUUGAAGACUAUUGCUGGAGAGACUUACGGCCUUCAUGUUGAUAAAAACUCAAACAUCAAUUUCCAAGGCAACGCGAAACAAAUGGCCUGCGAGUUCAGAGGAGAAGCCAUCUACACCGCGGAGGUCGAUGUCCACUUCCCCAAGCUCACUGUUGGAGAUACCCUUUAUUUCGCUGCGCGCGCCCGAGCACCACGACACAUCCCUGGGGGCCACAUGCGAGAUGUGAUCAUGGCCAUGUUUGGUGUUAGCCAUACGAGGAACACAGUUGUAGGAAACGACUUCAUUCGCGGUGUGUCUGGUGGAGAGCGCAAGCGGGUUAGUAUCGCUGAAGCUUGCCUCAGCAAUGCACCGCUGCAAUGCUGGGACAAUUCUACUCGUGGUCUUGACAGUGCGAAUGCCAUCGAGUUCUGCAAAACGUUGCGCAUGCAGGCAGAUAUUAAUGGCGCCACAGCCUGUGUCUCUCUAUACCAAGCUCCUCAGGCCGCUUACGACUAUUUUGAUAAGGCCCUGGUUCUAUACGAAGGUCGCGAGAUCUACUUUGGUCGCACAUCCAUGGCGAAGCAGUACUUCCUUGAUAUGGGCUUCGUCUGCCCUGACCGACAAACUGAUGCGGACUUUCUCACCUCUAUGACUAGCCACCUUGAGCGUGUUGUUCAGCCAGGUUAUGAAGGCCGCGUACCUCGAACACCUGACGAGUUUGCUGCGCGAUGGAAGGCCUCACCACAGCGAGCACAGCUUAUGCAAGACAUCAAGAGGUAUAAUGCAAAGUUCGCACUGGGUGGUGAAUACCUGGAUAAGUUAAAGCAAUCUCGACGAGCUCAGCAAGCCAAGGCUCAGCGUGUAUCAUCACCCUACAUUCUUUCCUAUGUACAACAGGUGAAAUUGUGCCUGUGGCGCGGGUAUCAACGAUUGAAGGCUGACCCCAGCGUCACAAUCUCUUCAUUAUUCGGAAAUACUAUCAUGUCCCUUGUUAUCGCCAGUAUAUUCUACAACCUCAAGGCUGACACAAGCACCUUCUUUCAGCGCGGUGCUCUUCUCUUCUUUGCUGUGCUUAUGAACGCCCUUGGAUGCGGCCUUGAAAUGCUGACUCUAUACGCGCAACGAGGGAUCAUAGAGAAGCACUCCCGAUAUGCUCUCUACCACCCAUCUGCUGAAGCGUUUUCGUCAAUGAUAAUGGAUUUGCCCUACAAGUUUCUCAACGCUAUUACAUCUAAUAUAGUUCUGUACUUCAUGACCAACUUGAGGAGAGAACCAGGUGCUUUCUUCUUCUUUGUCUUCACCUCGUUCGUCUUGACUCUGACCAUGUCCAUGUUCUUCCGGUCUAUGGCAUCGCUAUCAAGAUCCCUUGUCCAAGCUCUGCCCUUCUCCGCUGUUCUACUUCUCGGUCUCAUCAUGUAUACUGGGUUCGCUACCCCAACAGGGUAUAUGCUUGGAUGGGCUCGCUGGAUUGCCUACAUCAAUCCUAUCAGCUAUGGCUUUGAGUCCCUACUGAUCAAUGAGUUCCACAGCCGCGACUUCCCGUGCAUGAACUAUAUCCCAACGGGUCCUGGCUAUACGGAUCUCGGGCUUAACAACCGUGUUUGCUCCACCGUCGGAUCAGUGCCUGGACAACCCUUUGUCAAUGGCGAUGCCUACAUUGAGUCAGCAUAUAGCUAUACCGCGUCGCACAAAUGGAGAAACAUCGGUGUCAUAUUCGCCUACAUGUUCCUGCUUGGGGCCGUCUAUCUCGUUGCUACUGACUUCAUCACUGAGAAGAGGCCGAAGGGCGAGAUCCUAGUUUUUCCUCGUGGACACAAAGCUCUGAAGAAGGGCAAGCCAGAUGAAGAUCUUGAAGGGGUGGAGGAGACUGGCUCAGAUGGCCUUGCCAUUAUUGAACGCCAGACCGCGAUCUUCCAGUGGAAGGAUGUGUGCUUUGAUAUCAAGAUUGAAAAAGAGACUCGUAGGAUUCUUGACCACGUUGACGGAUGGGUCAAACCGGGAACCUUGACGGCGCUUAUGGGUGUUUCUGGUGCGGGAAAGACCACGCUCUUGGAUGUCCUGGCUACGCGCACCACUAUGGGGAUUAUCAGUGGAGAAAUGCUCGUCGAUGGUCAACCGCGUGAUGAAUCCUUCCAACAUCUGCAUCUGAGUACUGCUACAGUGCGCGAGGCACUUGAAUUCUCUGCUCUUCUACAGAAGAUUGACUACGUGACAGAAGUGAUUAAGCUUCUUGACAUGACUGAGUACGCUGAUGCUGUUAUUGGCCAACAGCUUGCGGCCAGGCCCCAACUUCUCCUUUUCCUGGACGAACCGACCUCAGGACUUGAUUCCCAAACAUCCUGGGCUAUCCUUGAUCUCCUUGAUAAGCUGAAGAAGAACGGCCAGGCUAUUUUGUGUACCAUCCAUCAACCAUCUGCCAUGCUGUUCCAGCGCUUUGAUCGUCUCCUCUUCCUUCAAGCUGGUGGCCGUACGGUCUACUUUGGAGAAGUCGGCCAGAACUCGCAAAUACUGAUUGACUACUUCGUCCGUAACGGUGGCCCUCCAUGUCCUCCAGCCGCCAAUCCCGCCGAAUGGAUGCUCGACGUGAUCGGUGCCGCUCCUGGAUCUCACACUAGCAUCAACUGGUUCGAGACCUGGCGUAAAUCUCCCGAAUAUGCACGAGUCCAAGAGCACCUUGCUGAACUGAAACACGAACGUCCGCAACAACAACAAACCAACCUGUUCCGCACCACAUCCAGUCAAAAGCGCGAAGACAAAGCCAGCUACCGCGAAUUCGCUGCUCCCUUCUGGGUCCAGCUCUGCGAAGUCCAAGUACGAGUCUUCCAGCAAAUCUGGCGGUCACCCACCUACAUCUACUCCAAGACCGCUCUCUGCGUGUUAUCCGCUCUCUUCGUCGGCUUCUCCCUCUUCCACACUCCCAACACCAUCCAAGGCCUCCAGAAUCAAAUGUUCGGCAUCUUCAUACUCCUUACCCUCUUCGGCCAACUCAUCCAACAAAUCAUGCCGCAUUUCGUCGCCCAGCGCGCGCUAUACGAAGUCCGCGAACGACCCGCAAAGACUUACUCCUGGAAAGCCUUCAUCAUCUCCAGCAUCGUUGUUGAACUCCCCUGGAACUCGCUUAUGUCCGUCUUUAUGUUCCUGUGCUGGUACUACCCGAUUGGUCUGUACCGCAACGCCGAACCAACAGAUGCGGUGAACCUGCGGGGCACACAAAUGUGGCUGAUGGUCUGGACCUUCCUUCUCUUCUCGUCCACCUUUGCACAUUUGAUGAUCGCGGCGUUCGACGCCGCCGAGAACGCCGGAAACCUAGGCAACCUGCUCUUCCUGCUUUGUCUGCUUUUCUGCGGCGUUCUGGCGACACCAGAGCAGCUCCCAGGGUUCUGGAUCUUCAUGUAUCGCGUUUCGCCGUUUACGUACCUGGUCAGCGGGAUGUUGUCGGUGGGCAUAUCGAAUACGAACGUAACCUGCGCAGACAAUGAGUAUCUGCGCUUUGACCCAGUUAAUGGGACUUGCGGCCAGUAUAUGGAUUCAUACAUGUCGAAUAUGGGUGGGUAUCUUGGAGACGAAAUGGCGACUUCUAACUGCAGCUUCUGCCCGAUCAAGGAGACAAACGUGUUCCUUAGUAGCGUUUCGUCGAGUUACUCGGAUAUCCGGAGGAACUUUGGGCUCAUGUGGGUAUUUAUUGUUUUCAAUAUCUUUGCAGCUUGUUUGUUGUACUGGUGGGUUCGUGUUCCAAGAGUCAAGAAGCCAGUCGCUAAGACCGAGUGAGCGUUGUUUGUGUUAGUCGUUUUCUAUUUUCAUACAUAUUUCAUAGGCUCUGCUUGCUCUUCUGUUGCGAUAUCUUCCCUGGAAUUAAAUAUACUGAUUCUCUGCCCAAUAUUAUCAGAAAACAACUUGUUGCAGG